GGAUCCCUGCUAAAUAUAGCUGUUUCUCUCUCUGUCUUACAACACAGGCUCCAGUAUAUAAAUCGGGCAAAUUCCCCAUUUGAGCAUGAACCUCUGAAAACUGCAGGCAUCUAAGGUCUCCUCCAAGGCCCUCUGGAGUCCAGCCCAUAAUGAAGGUCUUGGCGGCAGGAGUUGUGCCCCUGCUGCUGGUUCUGCACUGGAAACACGGAGCGGGGACCCCCCUUCCCAUCACCCCUGUCAACGCCACCUGUGCCACACGCCACCCAUGUCACAGCAACCUCAUGAACCAGAUCAAGAACCAGCUGGCACAGCUCAACAGCAGUGCCAAAGCCCUCUUUAUUCUCUAUUACACGGCCCAGGGGGAGCCGUUCCCCAACAACCUGGACAAGCUGUGCAGCCCCAAUGUGACCGACUUCCCGCCCUUCCACGCCAAUGGCACGGAGAAGGCCCGGCUGGUGGAGCUGUACCGCAUCGUCGCGUACCUGGGCGCCUCCCUGGGCAACAUCACGCGAGACCAGAAGGUCCUCAAUCCCAGCGCCCACAGCCUGCACAGCAAGCUGAACGCCACGGCGGAUGUCAUGCGGGGCCUCCUCAGCAACGUGCUCUGCCGCCUGUGCAGCAAGUACCACGUGGCCCACGUGGACGUGGCCUACGGCCCGGACACCUCAGGCAAGGACGUCUUCCAGAAGAAGAAGCUCGGCUGUCAGCUCCUGGGGAAGUAUAAGCAGGUCAUCGCUGUGGUGGCCCAGGCCUUCUAGACGGGAGGUCUCAUAGCGCACAGUGACCUGAGAUCUUAGACUUAGGUGGCUCUCAAACUGUGGCCGGGACCCAGAGCAGUGCCAAAGCCAAGUGGGGGCUGCUCGCAGACCCAGAGGGGUUCCUGGCCAGUCUACUCCCCUCCAGGGUGGACUGUGAUGAAGCCAAGCAGAGCCAAACCUCCUAGAGGGAGAACCUAUAUAUGGCACCAGCUAGAAGAAGGCGCCCCUUCUUCUGGGAGACUGCAGCCAGGCACCCGGUGUCGGGCUGGAUUUCGGCCCCUUCUCGUCGCCUCAGCCAGGGUCUUCGUGAGCAAACCACACAAGUUGCCUCCGGCGACCCUGACCAUGGGGCAAGACAGCAGGGGUCGGGGCACUGCCUGGCGCCCAGCAGAAUGACAACUAUCAGUGCCUUCACUGCCCCUUUGGUAGACCUUGAAAGGUCUGGUUGGAACGCAGGCAGCCCAGAGGGGCUGGGAUCCUGAAGGAUCCUUGGCCCCUACAAGUAUGGUGAGUGGAAGGCUAGAAAGGGAACUCUGGUUUGAGAUGCUGCCUUGUCUUGGGCGUGAUUGGAGAGCUCAGGCCUAGGACUGUCAGGUGGAAGUUUCCAGAAGGAGGUUGCUGGCCUUCAGGCUCCUGGGGAGGCAGAGAGGCCACCUUCAGGCCUGGGAAGGAAGAGAGGCCCUUGAAAGUCUCGAUGGGCUCUUCUUCCUUGAGCCCACAAUCUGUCCUGCUGUCCCGGAUGGCUGGGGUCUGGUGGCUGGACCUGGAGGCGGGGUGUGGGGAGGUGGACGGGUUGCAAAGUCAGGUGAGGAGGUUCUGAGGGGACCCAGAGUCUUGUGGGCAAGGGUCUGUGAGGGAGGGGUGGAUGGAGUAGUUCAGAGUGGCAGCUCACAUCUGAGGCCCACGGAGGCCCCGUGAGGUCACACAAAGGUACUUGAGGGGUACCAGAGGACAUCGCUGGUCCCCAGAGCAAGGGGACAGCAGAAGUUGAGGUCAGGGUCUCAGGAAGCCUGAGAUCCAAGGGUGCUGUGUGUCUGACCCAGCAUGAUUGUCUAUUUAUUUUGAUGCCCUAUUUAUAUUAACUUAUUGGUGCUUUAAAUAGCAAAGUUAAUUCCCCUUUCCCUGCUCCCUCUCCAACAGAAAUAAUAUGAUGGCUUCUUCUGCAGGAGCCGGGGCCAGGCCUUAGCAGGGCUUGGUCUGGAAGUCGAAGAUGUUACAAGUAGGAUAAGCCUUACGGGUGAGGCUCAGAGAAAGGUCAGGAGCUGAGAGAACUGGUCAGUCUGGGAGGGGACGGGGGACCCGGCUCCAACCCCCACCCUAAUGGUGACUGGCUCUGGGGCUGUCAGGACCCUGGCUGCAAGGCAGGCUGGGCCAGUUUGUGGAGUGGCCAAGGGGCCUUUUCCCAGGGCCACCAUGUUUCUUGGCUCCAAGGGGCCCAUUCAACACUGUGUUGUCUGGUGCCCCCUGGAAUUGUGCUGUUGGAGGCAACAUUCACCAUGGAGAUGGCACCCCUGGGGCAGUGAGCAAGGCAGCCCUGGUGGCCCACCUGCUGCUGUUUCCUUGUCCUCAUGCUGCCUCUAGACUAGCAGUCUAGGGGCCCUGGAACAGUCCUGACCAGCACCCAGCGGGGAAGUGCCUUCUCGGGUGGCCUGAACACCCACAGAGGGCGAGAGGACCUGGCUGGACCUCAGGAAGCUGGACGGCCCAGGGAGGAGGCCCUUGCUCUGGAGAGGAGGACAAGGAGGCCCUGGGAUGCAGACCAGGAAGCUGUGGUCCCUCCUGCCCCACCUCCCCCCACACCCCCACCCAUGUCUGGGCUCCCAGGCAGGGAACCUGAUCCUUUCCUUUGUGCUGGGGCCAGGCUAGUGGAGAAACGCCCUCCAGUCUGGGAGCAGGGGAGGAGGGCCCAGAGCUGGGGCAGCUGCUAAGAGCAGGGUUCUGGCGUCUUCUCAAACCCUGAGCGGGCAGCGAGCCUAGCCGUUCAGCCAGCACGAUUUUGGUGCUUUGCACUCACUUUGCACCCCUCUGCCUCCUCCGAGCACUUUACCCGUGUCCAUCGGAGGGCAGGUGGGCAAGGCAGCAGGCGGGCCCUGAAGGGGGUUGGGGGCUGGAGGUGGGAGUUGUCCAUCCCAUUGGCAAGACCGUUUUCUGGCGGGUGGUGGAGGAGACCACGAUGGUUACAUGUUUUCCAACGCUGUCUUAACUGAGGGUUAAGACGCUGAGGGUCAUGCUCAGCCUUGUCCAGGAUCUCAGCCUGCUGUCCCCCGUCGCUCUGCUCCUUCAGUGAACGUGGCCUGGAAGGCUUGGAGCCGGCUGGUCUCCCUUCCUCUCAUCACCCCGUGGACGCAGACUCCCCGUGCCAGGCCCACCUGGGCAGCCUCUGAGGCUCGGGGACCAAGCGAUUCUCCUCCCCCAGGUGCAGCCCUGGCUCUGCCCCUCAGCCUCAUCCUCAGUGCUCUUUGUAGAAACUGUCUGGCAGAUGGGCACCCACUUUGCACAGCAUCUCUGAAUUUUGGAGCCUUUGUGUGGAAAAAAGCUUUGCAGGGCAGGAAGCUGUCCACUUCCUCCUUUAUCUGGUUUUGACCCACACCUGCAUCCUGGGUCAUGGCCCCAGCCCGAGGAGGAGGGAGAGGCCGGCAGGAGGGAGGGGUUAGGACAGUCCUUUUGCAGUUUAUCGAAAGAGGGGUAUUGGGGACCUUAUUUAUUUAAAAAAAUUUUAAACGAGAAAGCACCACUAUUUAUUUGUCUCUCCUCCUCGUCCUUCUACCCCUCUCCUUGUCCCCUCCUUGGGGAUGUCUCCCUGAUAGAAGCAGUCCAGCUCUGCCUCUCUGGCUCUCCAGGAUAGACAUAGCGUGUGGGGCUGGAGGCCAGAACCAAGUGAGAGGUUAAUUUCCCUUCAGAUGGUACAGAUGUUCUUACUUCCGGAUUGCCACCCCCCUUCA